UUUGGAUCUCGGAGGUCUUCCGCUGAAUUUAAAUCAGCUAAAAUUUGUAUUCUUUUUCCUCUACGUUUUGAUGUCCCUCUCUCUCUGCUUUUUUUUUUUUUUUUUUGGACUUUUUUAAGGAGAGAACCCCUGAAUGAGGUCAUUGUUUCUGUCAAAUGCGGGCCAGCAGGGUCAGUGAAUUAGAGAGGGGGGAUGAAAUGGAGGGGAAUAAAGACGAACGCCACCAGUUGAAUGGGCCUAAUGACCGUCAGCGCGGAGUUGAGAGUCUCAUCAGCACCAGUCUGAGCGACCAAUCACAGCGCUCCCCCACCGGCGGACCUCCGUGAGGCCAGUCGCAACCAGGCGGUGUAACCUAUCUCUCUUGGAAAAUUAUGAAGGGAGCCAGCCUCUGUCAGCUCUAGAUGGAGAAAAGUUAGAUUGGACGAGGGGGGGAGUUGAUUUUUUUUUUCCCUUUCUCGCAUCUCCGGGAUAGUUGCGCUUGUAACUUGCGCCGCACAACAAACGGAAUUUUCCAGUGUAGUGUACUAUAGGUGAAUCGCCUUGUCACAUGUUAUCAGGAGAGAGAGAGAGGAAAAAAAAAUCUCAGAACAUCUCGUCUGGCACUGACUCUCUCCUCUCUCACACUUUCCCGCUCGCGUUUUUUUUCUUCUUUUCUUUUUUUGUGUUCCCUCUGCUCGCCGCGAGAAAUGGAUUAACAGCAGCCCGAUGGAGACGCACGAAGACCGAGCGAGAUCUGCUGCGCUCGUAGGGAACAACAUUUAGAAAACAAAAAAGAAAAAAAAAAAAAAGUGCGGCAACAGUUCACCGUGUUCCUGAUCGUUCUCUCGCUACAAUAACAGGCUGCCAUCUGAGAGACGCGGAGAUAACAGUGCGCAGGCUCUCCAAGCGCCGCUCUCCAGCAUCAAACCCCAGAGCAACGCACAGCGGACGCUCGGCCGACCUGUCCCGAGGUUUGCCGGCACGCGAAGCUGAAGAGAAUUCUUAAAAAAUCAAGCAGAGGUCAGGAGGUCAGAGGAGCUUGUGACCGAAACAAGUGGAGCCCCUCGUUGAUUUCAGCGCCCCCUUCCCCCCCCCCCCGCCCCACUCCAUCUUUGCCUACAUGCUCCGCCACAGAUAGGGACGUUUUUGAUAAUUACAUAUAAUUAUAAUUUCUGUGGGAGACAGAUCUGCUUCUGUCUAUUAUUGCCAACACCUCCAACACAAUAACUUCACACAUUUACAUAUUUCUCCACAAAAGUGAUAUUCUUUGAACCUCGGAGACAGAUCAGGAAUAAUUUCACUUCGACAGAAAGAGAGAGAGAAAGAGAGAGAGAGACAUGUCACAUGGAGAAGCAGUGCACCAUUCAGUUCAUGUCUCAUUAGUGGUACAGUUGAAUGACACGGCCUGAAUGCAAAAAGCUUUUAAAAAAUCUGUGACGUUUGCUUCGUUUUUUUGAGAUGUGUUUUUACAGGCUGGGAGCCGCUUCCUCGCUUUAUGAUUACUCCUAAUAUUCAGCUGUUACAGUCUUCUAGCACCUAAGCUGAGCCUCCCUCAUUAUCACCCCCCCCGGCCCAAUCACAGUAACAGUCCGUGCCAGGCGAGUACUGAUGCACAUUAAUCCAACCAUAGCGGAGAUUGAGACAAAGUGCGUGGUGCAUCUAUAGAUUAACCUAGAACACGUUAACGUGCAGAGAUGCUCCAUAGAGACUAGGCAUCAUUAAUGGACAGCCCUCAACCGUGAUUGUUUACAAUGCCAGAAAACACCAAAUACAAGAAAUGAAUUACAGAUUUCAUACAUUUUUUUCCAGAAAAGAAUCUCUUGCAGCUUAAAUAAGUGCCAAUCCUGAAUGUAUGUCGUGCCAGGAAUGAACAAAACGGAUACAAGUGUUUACAUUUGACAACACACCAGGCCAUACGCUACUGUUCAAGUGCCAUGAUCAGCACAGGAAUGUACAGGACUGCCAUAUUUUAUUAAAACUGACUUUUUCCUAAUUUUUACAAGUGGUUACAAGAAAAUUAUUUCCCCCAGCAGCAUGUCAGAUUUGUCCUUUUGCUUAGUGGGAUGUUAGAACAAGGCACUGAGGACUAAAAAAAUGAAGAUUGUCCUUCUCAGUUUUUUCUUUUUACAAAAAUGCAACCAUUUUAGUGUUCUAGACUGGAGAGGUGUUUUCGGAGGGCAAAAGAUGAAGUCAUUACGAAUUCAGAGCUCCUUUCUAGCAGCAAAUUAAAAGUAUUUAAACAACAUUAUCGGCAAUUAUUGAAACCUACCAAGUCAUCUUGAUAGUGUUAGUCCUUUUCAUAUUUAUUGUUCCUGAGAUUUUCUAUUAUUACAAGACACAAAAACAGGCUUCAGAUUUCAUCAUCCUGCAUUACUGAAUGAAACUACUGAUACAUCAUCAAUAUCCAGUAGGUUGUACAUGCUACUUGAAUAUUUCACAUGCCAUUUUAGUGGGUUAAACUGCAAAAGCGGAUACAUAGUGCAACUGCAUUGACUCAACAACAGAAAAUAGAUCUCUUAGUCAUGUAAAAAUGACGCCCACCACCAAUCUCAGAGUCCUCGCUGUCUCCCUGCUCUCCCUCCUUACUGCCCCACUUACCACUGUCGUGGAGACCUCUCCGUCGCCCCCUCCUCAGCACUUAGACCGCUCAGGGAGACCGAUCACCGAGGAGCCCAAGACUGCCCCCGGCACCUCUCUCCUGCUCCUCACCAUGCAGGCCAGUAUCAGGCCAGCUGCUCUCCAAAGUAGGACCAAAACCCCUCCAAAACUUCCAGAAACCUCAGAGGGAGUUCUAGAGAUGCCUCCAAGAGCCCUUCCCCAGGUCAUGUUCCCCAAGAAUGUGACCUCAUCUGAGGCCCUCGCACCUCCCCUAGGUGCUGCCCAGGUGGCGCCCAUUCGACCCCGCAUGAUGGAUAUAUGGAUGGAUGUAUGUCGGGGUUAUUAUGACGUAAUGGGACACUUUGACAGCGCUUUCAACUGCUCCAAGGACACCUUCGUCUUUUGCUGUGGAACGUGCCACUACCGCUUCUGCUGCCCUGAGCGAAGCAGGCAACUGGAUCAAGACAGCUGCAAAAACUAUGACUCUCCAGACUGGGCCAAGCCACAGACAGACUCCAUAUUGCUACCAGAGGAUUUAAGUCCUGACACAGAGUUUGAUCCGCUGAAGCAGCAGAGCCACAACACAGGCUUCGUCAUCGGAGGUGUGAUUGUGUUCAUGGUGGCUGUCGCUGUGGGCAUCAAGGUGGUCUUCAACAAAGUGCAACAGGAAGCCAACCAAAGGGACCUCAACAUGCCCAGAGCCCUGGUUGACAUGUUGCGGCACCAGUCAAGCCCGGUCCAGCAGGACGAGAGGAACAACAGCGUGGCUCUGACUGUAGGGGACGGAACGGGGACACUGGGGAGACCUCCAAAAAAUCUUUAUGCCCCAGGACUGCCCAGCAAGGACAACAGAUUGGGCAAUCUGCAGCACAAUUUCAUUCACUCGUCGGGCACCAGCCCCAAACACACUGCAACUAUCGAGCGCACCCCUCGGAUGAACAAUGCUCAGCUGGCAGCUGGAGGCACCCUGCUCUCCAGUAAACACAACAACACCAAAUCCCAGCCUUCUUUCCACCACUCCCUGCACAACCUGGCUCAGCUGCCGCCCUCCUAUGAGAGCGCCACCAAGCCAGAGCUCAACAGAUACUCCUCGCUCAAACGCCUUGAAAAAGGUCUUGAUGAGUACUCAUCUGGUUACUGCACCACCAAGCGCCGGCCUCACACAGCCCAGCCGGCCCUCCAGUCCUCUCAGCAUCACCUCCACUGGGGUGGGGACUACACCCUCAGUGGAAGAGGAACCCUCCCGAGGCAUGCAGCCCGUCCCUGGAUCCCACCGCCACCUUCUGGCAUGCCUGCUUCACCUACACCCAAUCCUUACCCUCUGGAUCCCCCUGAGCCGCAGUACAACCCCAAUUACGACACUCUCUCCAAGCCCGCGAGGAAAGUCAAGUCAACUGACCAGCUGCUCAAUAUGGGUGACGUCCCUGGCAACACAGGGACCCUGUCCAGGCUGUCCAAGAACCAGCAACACCAGUACUACAAAGCCAUGGCUGCCUCCAAUAAGAACUCCAACACGCAGACCCUCACCAGGAAGACCCAAGACAGGCGAGAGGAGAGGCAGCAGGAACGUCUUCUCAUGUCCCCGGACCAUCUGGAGGAAAGGAUGGGAGCCGGUGGGAUGGGGGUCGUGGAUCCAUACGCCCACACACCAGGAGGGAUCGUCCCCACGCUGCCCCGCCAGCAGAAGGCCCAGUCCCAGCAGAACGUCUGCGCCACGCCCUCCCUCGACCGACACCACAUGAUCAAGAUGAACUCUCACCCCACGUCCGGACGAGAGCAGGAGAGGAACACGCCCAUGACAGGGCACAUGAGUGGGGGCAUGGGCUGGGCAGGGGAGAUGCCUGGACAGGGAGUUGUCAUGGGAACGGGAACACUAGGGGGCCACAGCGCCAGGAGGAUGGCUUUUGCGCAGAAAAGGCAGAACACCAUUGAGCAGCUACAUUUCAUACCAGGAGGUGGAGGCGGGGGGUCAUCAGGAAGUGGAGGAGGGAGUCAGGGGAUCAGGACGGGGAGUAAAAAUGAGGUGACGGUGUGAGGUGAGGUCUGUGCCUAAUGUAGAGUUUACCCCUCAUCUAAGGUUUGGGAAUAGAUCACCCUUCUGCAUUUAACUAUUAGAUAAACUAAGACAUAAAACUAGAAGUAUUCAGUAUAGUAACAGUAUAACUUGUUUAGGCUAUUCAAAUUAGUGUUAUCUUGUAAUUAGAUAGCUUAAAUAUGAUUACUUAAUUAAAAAUCUAAGUGGGGAGUAUCUGUUCCAAUUAUGUGAUAGCCUACAUCAGCCAUAUUUUGUAAGAAAAGUUGCCAUAUUGCCAUAUACAGCGGUGCCAUUACUUGUAGAAAGACUGACUGGGAGGGUGAAACAAAACCAACAGAAGUGUUGUUCAUAAUUUUGUUUUUAUAUAUGUUUUUCAAAAAGUACUCAGGAGCCAUAUUAGAUAGGGAACGAGACGAUACUAAAAGAGAAAAAAAAGAAAAUCAAACGGGGGACCAUGUGGAAUAUUGUAUCACAGAAUUUAAUAGAGAACUGAGCCAACCACCUGCUGGACCGUCAGCCCUCACCGACAAUGAUUUAUUAAACUUGAUCUCAUGGGUGAAAGGACCAGAUGAGUCUGUGAGCUUGCUGAGGGUUUUCUUUGGAGAUGUGACGCUCAGCUGAACACAACCUCAUCCUCACACAGGGAGACAGAACUUAUUUCCGUUGCUUCCUAAAGUAUGUAAAUGAGCGGACGCCGCGGUGGGGGCUGCUUCUGACUGGGACAACAGCAACCUGACACUGUUGGCAGGACUUCGCGCCCGAUUUAAAAAACGGACGUACCCACAUUACCAAUCUGACGCCUGGGUUGCCUAGAUUUCCAUGUGACCUUAGAUCAAAUCCCCAGAGGAACUCAGACUCUGAUCACUGUUACACCGCACGAGUGUACACCGAUGUUAGAUUAUGGGUUAGUUUUCCCUAAUGUUUCCAUUCACAGAUCAGGACCUAACUGUAAAAACAACGGGCUACCAAAUAAUCUAGAGCCAUCUGUCACGUUAUUACAAAAAACAUCUUGACAUAAACGAGUCAGGAGGUAACAGAACAGACGUAUGUGUUCAGUUUACCAAUAGGAAGGCAACCUGCUUUAAUGUAGGUUGUGCACGAAAGAGCAAAGGUUUUUCUACAGAGCACAAAUGAAUAGAGCGUGACGCAGGGGUUGCACUUACACAACUGUCCUUCAAAAGCCAUUUAUGGAGAUACAAAGAAAAUACCACUGAGGAAGCUGGUCUGACAAUCACCGUUUUCUUAUUCUCACCAGGUGACAAAUUCUACAAGUCAGUGAUAUUUUGUUCUGUCAAAGGAUUGGCUUCGGAGAAAGCCGAAAAAACCUCUGAGUCAGGAGAAGAGGGCCACUUGAGGCCCCCUCCUGCAUGACUCCGAAUGCCGUAAGAGACUCCGAGGGUUAGGAAGCCCUGCCCAUCCUCAAGACGAAGACCUUGCUGUAUCAUAUCGCACUUCAGCCAGUAUGAGUUACAAAAAACAACAAAAAAAAACAGAAAAGAGAAAAAAAAAUCUUCAUCAAUAACAACGCUUAUCAAUACUAAGGGCUAUCCUAUCCUAUAUACUGUAGUAUGUGAUAUCUGUGGUCCAUAUAAAAUGCUAUCUCUUUCUCUUGAUUUUGUGUUGAUAUUGUCAUGAUGUAUUAAGUAUUAAUGUGUACAAAAAACAAGAGCAAUUUAAGCACAGUUCAAAGAGAAACACAGAGACAAAAAACUUUGCACAAAUCUACCCCCCCUGAUAUUUGCACCAGAUACAAACUUACUUUGUAUCACGUCCUCAAGGUUUACAUUCUGUACGAGCACGGCUGAAAGUGUGACUGAUCAACGGAAGGUAUUGUAUCGAGCGAGGGUUGUUUCACUUAGUUAUUUUUUUGAACCGGGAGAAAUGGGAGAUAAUUGUGAAGAUCACAGAGGGAGCUUGUUCCCUCUCGGGUUUUUGUUCAGUCGUGACAGGACACAGAGAUGAAACGGUGAUCAACAGAAACACAGAUUUCAUUCGGACAAUCUUCCUAUACACAGUGCUACAUGUAGUUGUUAUGAAUAUGAUGGAGUGUUAUUAUUAAUAAUUAUUAUAACUGUUAUGGUUAUUAUUAACAAUUAUCUUAUGAUGUGAUGUUCUUUUACUUGGUGGGAUUUAAGUGUUUAUUGUUUUUAGAUAACUAGCAUUCUCAUGACUAGUUGGUUUUUCAUACAUCUGGUCAUAAAUUCAAGUUUUUAAAAACAUUCUGACUCUUGAUGCAUGCCAGCUCCAUUUCAUUGAGAGGCAUUUACAGUAUGCCUGGAUUUACAGGGUCAUCGACGCUUAUAUGGCCAACUUUCCAGCUGUAUGUACUGUGCCUAGACAUCGGCCUUAUUCUUGAUCUCAAGUGAUUACUUAGGUUUCCACUCGGGUACAAAAAAAACAUCUAUUGAAAAAAUCUGCAGCCUUCUAAACGUAUGUGUAGAUGACAGUGGUGAGGGACAGAUGUGUUUUGGGACGGGCCGGGAAGUUAUUAAGGCCAGAGAUGGUCUCCACUGCAGCAGCCUGACCCAAUACCUUAUACUGGGUUGUACACUCUAAACCCACGAUGCCAUAAUGUAUGUGUGUUCGGAUGAAUGUUUAUUACACAGGUUGGAGAGAAGAUGGAAGUCUAAUGGAAAACCUGAAUGCUUCGAGUGCAGUGUCUUUUUCAGGGAAAUAGGACAGACGACAUACAGUAGUAUUAGAUUUUUUUAAUAGAGCCACAAAAGGUCUGUAGCAAAGUCUGUAAUAUCUCACAAGCCAUAUCCAUCGAAACUCAUCAUCACCCUUUUAUAAAUGGUUAAUCUAAUUUGUGCAAGUAUUGUAUUUUGUAUAGCUAGUACAAUCAGAAUAUUUUGAGUGAUCUCUUCGGCAUUAAUUUGAGGAUUCAACAAAUUAUGUGUUAGUAUUUAAUGAAUUGUACAGUGCCAAACUCAUAACAUUUUGUUGUCUUUCUAUUGUCAUAGCCUCCUACAAAACUACCGGGGUUAUUUCUUUUUCACAACUGAGAUCUAAUAUAUAGACAAGUAAGCUAAAAAAAACAGGCUUGUUAUCAGAAAGAAAUGAAUGAAUAUGGUGUGCGUUUUUACCAUUAUGAAUUCAUUUAGCGAGAGGAUGGUUAAUGGCCACCUGAAAUGUGAAGCAUCACUAACAGUAAAUUGUAAGGACAAGGAACUGUGUCCGAUAAUCAAAUUCAUGGAUUUAUUUUCAUGUCUAUAAAUUUCAAAAUACAACCCUUUUGUUAUUAUUCAAUGCAUUGAUCCCCUUGGAUACGACAGUGACUUACCAAGAAUUUGUAUAAUAAAGUUGGUGGAAAAAAAA